UGAAGGCAGCGGUGGGGCUGGGCCGUCGAAGUUGGGACAAUCUACGGGGUUUUCUGUCGCUAAAGAGUCGACGACAAAAAGGACAUGUACACUGCUAAUAUGUACACAGACCUAUUUUCGUGUCUUUUAGUGGAGUAAGGAGGAUACACGUACCCAUUUUUUCUACUUGUAUGAUAAGUUUGAUAUAUUUCAAAAGACAUUUGUAGCUAAACUAAAAAAAGAAACACCCUCCAUUUUCGAACUGAGGAUGAUUUUUGCUAAUACUGGAAACCCACUAAGGACCCCAUAUCGCAAACAGCCACUUGUUGCCCCAUCGUCACACCCCAUGGCUCCACCCAGCCCGAGCACCAACAGCAGCACCAACAACAGCAGCAGCAGUAGCACUGCAGGCUGUGACCAUCUCAGCAAAACAAACCUCUACAUCCGAGGCCUGUCCCCGUCAACCACAGAUCAUGACUUGGUCAAGCUCUGUCAGCCGUAUGGCAAAAUUGUAUCAACAAAGGCUAUCCUGGACAAGACUACAAACAAAUGUAAAGGAUAUGGCUUUGUGGAUUUCGACAGCCCUGCUGCAGCUCAGAAAGCCGUGGCUGCCCUGAAGACUACUGGCGUCCAAGCUCAGAUGGCAAAGCAACAAGAGCAAGACCCCACAAACUUGUAUAUCUCCAAUCUGCCUCUGUCUAUGGAUGAGCAAGAGCUAGAGAAUAUGUUGAAGCACUUUGGCCAGGUCAUAUCCACACGCAUCCUGAGGGACUCCAGUGGAGCCAGCAGAGGAGUGGGCUUUGCCAGGAUGGAGUCAACUGAAAAAUGUGAUGCCGUCAUUUCUCACUUCAAUGGAAAGUUCAUCAAGAUCCCAGCAGGCGUUCCAGCUCCCUCUGAACCCUUGCUGUGCAAGUUUGCUGACGGAGGGCAAAAAAAGAGACAAAGUCUGAGUAAAUUUGGUCAGAAUGGGCGAGGCUGGUUAAGGGACAGUGACUCAAGACUGGCUGGAAUGACGCUCACAUAUGACCCCAGUGCAGCUGCUAUGCAAAAUGGAUUUUUCCCACCAGCAUAUAGUAUUUCAAACAGGAUGAUUGCUCAAACGUCCAUGUCUCCUUAUAUGUCUCCUGUUUCUGCAUACCAGGUGCAGAAUCCAUCCUGGGUGCCUCAGCAGCAGUACAUAAUGCAGCACCCAGGUACAGUGCUAUCGCCCUCCAUGGACCCAUCUAUGUCACUGCAGCCUACUUCCAUGAUGUCCCCCCUCACACAGCAGAUGACUCACCUGUCUCUGGGUAGCGCAGGAACGUUCAUGGCUGCCAACACCGCUAUGCAAGGAGCAUAUAUCCCACAGUAUGCACACAUGCAGACAAGUUCAGUCCCUGUGGAGGAUAACGGCGCACAGUCACAAAUGGACUCAUCCAGGAAUCACUCCCCAUAUUCAUACCAACAAACCAAGUAGUGUUGCGGUAACUCCUGAACGACAGCUGAAGCAAUCGUGUCAUGAACAAAAUGGGCGCUAAGGAUCUUUUCACUGUUUUGCACAGGUUCUGCAAAUAUUUAAGUGAGACUUAUAUUUUUGGCAUAAUUUUCAGAGGAAAUCAUCAAAUUAGUCAAAUUAUAUUUAAAAAAAAAAAAAAAAAUUUUUUUUUGAUACUUCAAUG